AUGCACGCCGAGAGUGAACCCCGCCUUAGCAGUCGCUCAUACAAAAGUGACGUUACGACCACUUCUCGUUCAUCCUUCGAGAGAUCGUCGUUUACCAUCUCCUCGCUGGUGGGCCGCAGCUUGUCUCCAUGGGCUUCCCAGGGGGAGACCGAUAGUCAAGAGGGGAUUAAGAAAACUAAAGAAGAAGAGGAAGAGGAAGACGAGGAAGAACAUAUUGAAGUAGUGGACAGUGUAGAGGAGCCGCCUUUGAGUGAUCCUCGGGAUAUAUCGACAACAUCUUCUGGAAAAGAACUUGAUGUAGAGGUAGAGAAGUCCCCUCCUUCUCACCCACAACAUUCCUCUCCAAUUCCUACCGAAGAGGAGACGCGUCCUACAGUAUCGUGCAGUCCUUACAACAAGCCCUCUGUUACUAGCAAGGCUUCGACAUCACUGCCGGAAUUCAGCAUGGCACUUAACCUUUCCUCUAAGCCCGAUGACUUGACCUCUUCGUCAUCCAUCCUUCGUGAACCCAUUGUAGCCUCUAAGGUCAGCGAGGCAGGGACUUUAGGUAUGUCCUCCCUAUCUUCUCGCGAGGCCCCCCAGUCAUUCCCAAUUACACGCUCCUUCCUCCCCACAAUUCCCCUUCCCUCUAGAGAGUCUCUCCUAGACCUCCCUCGACCCCCAAGCCUGCCACUUGGACUCUACCCUCCCCCUCCCCUUGUUCUUUUUAAGAAGGACUGCGGUGAAGCCUCCUCCUCGUCUUCGUCGUCCUCCAAUCUCGACGCAAAUCGCAACAGUGUGGCUGUGUCUUAUUCCUCAUCACUUCCUUCUUCACUAAGUUAUUCCUUCCCUUGGAGCAUGAGCGCUUCUGAGGGUCUGUUCCCCUGGUCUUUUCCAGGGCACGGUUCCCUACCCCUUGAUGGAUCCUUGGUGAAACCCUUGCCACUUGGAGAUGUGUAUUCGUGCAUCAAAUGUGAAAAGAUGUUCAGUACGCCACAUGGACUCGAGGUCCACUCACGACGCUCUCAUAAUGGCAAGAGGCCAUUUGCUUGUGAAUACUGUAACAAAACCUUCGGUCACGAAAUCAGCCUCACGCAGCACAGAGCCGUGCACAACGCAGAGAAAGUGUUUGAGUGCAAGCAGUGUGGCAAAUGCUUCAAGCGGUCGUCCACUUUAUCUACGCACCUCCUGAUUCACUCUGACACCCGACCAUAUCCCUGCCAAUACUGCGGGAAGCGAUUCCACCAAAAGUCUGAUAUGAAGAAGCAUACCUACAUCCACACAGGAGAAAAACCUCACAAGUGCACGGUGUGCGGAAAAGCUUUCAGCCAGUCGUCGAACCUCAUAACGCACAGCAGAAAGCACACAGGUUUCAAACCAUUCUCAUGUGAUUUGUGCGGUCGGUCCUUCCAACGUAAGGUGGAUCUUCGGCGUCAUAAGGAGACUCAGCAUACGGAACUUAGAUCACAAGUAACAGAAAUGCGGUCACCUGUUUCUACCGGUGACUUGAGAAACCCCGUCACGGAAAUCAGGUCCCCUAUAACUGACAUGAGGUCCCCUCUCGCAGAUAUGAGGAGUCAGUUAGUGGAGGUGAGGUCACAGAAUUCUGGGGACUUGCGUUCUCAAUCUGCAGCCCUCAGGACUCACGUUACUGAACUUCAGCCUCAUGUUAGUGAAGUUAGAAGCCAAGUUACAGCUCAUGUCACAGACAUUAGGAGUCAGAUAAAUGAUAUUCGACCUCAGGUCAACGACCUAAGAUCUUCCAUGAGCGAAUUGAGAUCCCAAGGCACCGACAUGCGUCCGAAGGUUGCUGACACUGGCCCAAAUGGUAAUGGCGAUCAUAGAGGUGCUCCUAUAUCAGACUUUAGAUCACAAGUUCUUGAUUUGAGACCGCAAGAGCUGAGGCCGGUUAGUUAAGAUUCAUAAAACCAGAAAUUCCUAAGAAUCCCAGCUGACUGGUUUGCAUCUAAAGGGCCAAAUCCAAGUGGUACUACAGAAUAACCAUCUUAAAGAACACUGUAAUGUUAUGCAUCUGUUCUAUAAACACGAUCAAGAGGGACCUUAGGACAGCGUUGACCACAGAGCGCAUAGAAGCUGGCAACUUUAAGUGGUUCUUUUGUAAGGUCUUAAUGAACGGGACCAGAAGACAACGUAAUAUGAUGCCAUUAGAGAGCCCGACACGCCUACAAACUUCUUUUUUCAACAUGUAUCGGAUCUCCAAAUGUCGGGGACCACAUGGUGUUCUCAUUCUCAAGUGAAACGAGUGCUUGAUAUCAUUAUCUAGCAUAUAGGUAUGGAUAUAUAGUUGAUUUAACUGUUUCCAUGUUCUUAUUUAGCUCUAUUCUAUUUUUGUUAUUAAAAUCACCUGGCCGAAAAUAUCCAAAAACAAUGGGGAACCAGAGUGAAGAAGGUGAUCUUUAUCCUACAAUACUCUAGUCUAAUACUCGUUGUUGAAGCAUGGAGGAAUCAGGUGUCUCGCGGAUCAUACACUUUCGGUGCUCGCAUAUUGACCAUAUAUAAAGUGAAACAUUCCAGAGUGGUGGAUGGAGAGAAACUUUCGGGAUUCUUCUUUCUCGUCCAUCCUGGUAAUGAACGGCAGAAAUAGAUCAGUCAUUUUUAUUACUGACCAAAGAAAUGGACCAAAAUACUAUGUGCUAUUAACAUAUUGUAGUUAUAUUGCAUUUACAACGUUCUGAUGUUGACUGCGUGUGGGGUUGUCUAUUUAAAGGUUUCUCUACAUCGAAAGAUAGAUUGUAGUUCACACUAGUUCGAGUUUGUCCUUAAAUACAUAUAUUUACAUACAGUAUACAUUGAAAUAUGUAUAUACACACACACACACACACGCACGCACACGCACACGCACACACACACACACACACACACACACACACACACACACACACACACACACACACACACACACACACACACACACACACA